ACUAUAAAAGCGUCGCGACGUCGAAAUCCGUUCAGUUUUCAGACCGGGUCAACGUUGAAAGGUACCCCAAAUAAAAGAACAAUGUCUUUGGAACGUGCUGUUAAAGCUAAGAUUGCUGGAAAACGCAAUCCACAAGAAGACAAAGAAGCCCAAGAAUGGAUUGAAACCAUCUUGGGGGCUAAAUUCCCACCAGGUGAACUUUAUGAAGAUGUUAUCCGUGAUGGUACCAUUUUGUGCCAAGUCAUGAAUAAGAUCGUACCGGGAUCAGUACCCAAGAUUAACACCUCUGGUGGACAAUUCAAAAUGAUGGAAAAUAUCAAUAAUUUCUUAGCCGCCAUGACUGCUUAUGGUGUACCAGCUGUUGAUUUAUUCCAAACUGUAGAUCUUUGGGAAAAAUCGAACAUUUCCCAAGUCACAACAGCUCUUUUUGCUUUGGGUAGAGAAACUUACAAACACCCAGAAUGGAAAGGACCAUAUCUUGGACCAAAACCAUCUCAAGAAAACAAACGCGAAUUCAGCGAGGAACAACUUAAAGCUGGUGAAACCAUUAUUGGUUUACAAGCUGGUCAAAAUAAGGGUGCAACCCAAGCUGGACAAAACAUUGGAGCCGGUCGCAAAAUUUUACUCGGAAAGUAAAUCAUGUACUAAUUUAAACCAACCCAAAAUUCUAUAUUUUUGUAUAUAUUUAUUUUUCGUAACAAUAUAUAUUACUAAAUAAACUUUAAACCAUU